GUGGUGGUGGGGGUUAAAAAAAAAAAAAAAAAAAUUUUAAUGUCACUUUUCUCCCAACUGGAAAGACGACCAGGAGGAGGGAGGGUGUGAGCUCAAACGUGCAAUGCUCGUCUCUGUCUGUGUCUCACACGGUUUAAAUGGAACGAAACUCGAGCCAUGUCGGGUGCAAACGGACAAGAGAAGGAUAGAGCCAAACUGGGGAUGGAUUCGAGACUUUUGCUCUUGGUAGCGUUUCUUGUGCAAACCAAACUGGCCAGGAUGCUGCCCUCACGCCCUCUGUGCGACAGUCGAGUCCUGGACAGAUACAUCAGGGAGGCGAAAGGGUUGCAGAACUCAGUGUGCUAUGGGCUGUGUCAAUUUCCUGAUGCAAUUCUUCUUCCGAGCACUGGCCUUAACCUGAGAGCCUGGAGAUCCAAAAGUAGAUCUAUAAAGGCCGCGGAGAUUAAGGAAGGCUUGAUCAUGCUUUCGAAUGCAAUCCAGACAGCAAAACUGCUCACCAUGAAUAAUUCCACAGUAGCUCUCUUAGACAAAAUAUACAGGAAUAUUCGAACUUUCAUUCACAUACUGCAAUUGCUGAAUGUGCCGGACACAUCGCACCAAUUGUACGAGCGAGCGAGGCCGAUCACGGGGAGAAGCGUGCGGGAUCUGUUCCGCACAUACACACGUUUGCUGCAAGGGAAAGUCUACAUGUUUUAUCGGGAACUAGCGGAAGAAAAUUGCACACAACGGAAAAGGUGACCAAAGUUCACCCUGCCUGCGGGUGAACUCUGUGGAUGGAGCUCAGUGUCCAAACCCUUAACUAUCAUGUGCAAAUGCGGAAUAAAAUCCAAGUCCUGAACCUCGAACGCAUUACCAAGUGACGACUUCUGUGACUACGUUUUCAACUGCAGGGACGUGGUACCGGACAAUGAAGUCAAAAUGUUAUGGAGAGAAAUGUUACCAAAUACUGGAAAUGGAUCCAGUUGGCAGUCUUCCACUAGUUUUUAUACGUAUUUUUAUGUGAUAACGUAACAGUAUUUUUUGCUGUUUUAAUGAUUUGUGUCGGAUUCUGGUCCCCCCGCCUGCCCGCCCCACCAUCGGCGGUUGGGUUCAACCUCUCUC